AACACGACCCACCUCUCUUCGAUUCUCGGAACCUUCUCCCGGCGUUGUUGAAAUAGGCAGUACGAUUAGAAACUCUAUGCCUCAAGAUGUCGGCAGCGCCAUUGAACGAAACAGACUACGUCUCAGAAGAAGACUCCGAUUUUGCGCCCGAUGAUGCCCCUGCGGAAGCGUCUUCUGCCUCGGAUGACGACGAGCCCACUGAAACCGAAAAGCCGGCCCAAGGGAAACGAAGUCGCGAGGGUGCCAAUGAUACCGUGGAGGAUGAUGCGGGUUUCGAGAAUUCCGGGGACGAGGCAAUAAUUGAAAAGGGUAAAAAACGGCAGAAGAAGUCCAAACGUAAAGAUGAAAAAGAGGGCGAGGAUGAAGGAGGUGAAGGAGGGUUGAUCAAGACGCGUAGAAUGCGUGCGGCCGAGAAAGCCGAAAAACGAGCAGAGGUCGCAAGCGGCCCCGUUACAAUCGACGUGGAUGCGCUAUGGGCACAAAUGACUCUCGAGUCGGGAGGAGGCCGAAACCCGCAAGAAUCGACAUCAACACAACCUAAAGUAGAACUUCCUAAGCCUUCGUCGCAGCCCAAGCCCAAACCAGUCCUCGAGAAACCCGAACAGUCCGAUCUUAUUCGCAUAAAACGAACCUACAACUUCGCCGGCAAAGUCCACACCGAAGAGAAGCUAGUCCCCCGUGAUUCGGCCGAGGCCAAGUUGUACCUCGCCGAAAACGGCGGCAGCGACUCGACUCCCCCAGAUGGCGAUUCCUCUCCCACGCGGAAACGCAUGCCAAGAAAGGCAUUUCGUUCCAGGUUUGAGCCUGUCGCAGCCGAGAGCAGUUCCUAUCGAUCGGACCUAAACCUGGGCAUGUCUGAUCGCCUGCGAGCGCGUGAGCUAGCCAAGGAGACGGAUGCUAAGAAACUGAACACGGUGGAAAAAAGUAGGAUGGACUGGGCCGGGUUCGUGGAUCGGGAGGGUAUCAAGGACGAACUCGAACUGGCGGGCAAGUCGAAGCACUCCUUUGCCGCCCGACAGGACUUUUUGGCAAGGAGCGAAGCCCUUAGGGAGGACGAGGCGAGGCGAUUGCGGAUGACAAACAAAACCUGAACGUCCUUGGUGUCGAGUAAUAUGUACAUCGUAUCGUGUAGGAGGGAAAAGGAGGAACCCGAAAUGGCGUUAAAGGACAUAAUACCCGAGUGGGCUAUAGAUUAGACUGGUUCAUUGAUAUGUUUACAAAGCACACUCCUUGCCU